GUUUCCCCUCCCCCGUGGGCGACUCGGUGACGGACAUUCCGCUGCUUCCAAUCGGACGCGCCCAAUGCCGGGAGCGGCCAAUCGGGGGCUCCGGUGGGCGGGACAUCCUGGCCAGUUAGAUUUGGCGGUUCCAUUUUAAGAUGGCCGAAGCAAGCAACGCCAGUGUUGGCAGCGGCUGUGAGGAAAAAGGGCGGGAGGGGUCGUCCCCCGAACCCGUGUCCCCUGACACUACCAUUUCGAGGAUGAAGCUUCUCGACACCACAGUGGAUACUUUCCUCCAGAAGCUGGUCGCCGCUGGGAGCUACCAGAGAUUCACUGACUGUUAUAAGCGCUUCUACCAGUUGCAACCUGAGAUGACUCAGCGAAUCUAUGACAAGUUUCUAACACAGUUGCAGACAUCCAUCAGGGAGGAAAUCUCUGAAAUCAAAGCAGAGGGAAACCUGGAAGCUGUCCUGACUGCCUUGGAUACAAUUGUGGAAGAAGGCAAAGACCGAAAGGAGCCAGCCUGGCGCCCUAGUGGGAUCCCAGAGAAAGACCUGCGCAGCACCAUGGUGCCCUACUUCCUACAGCAGCGGGAUGCCCUGCGGCGCCGGGUGCAGAGACAGGAGGCUGAGAAUAGGCAGCUAGCAGAUGCCGUCCUGGCCGGGCGCAGGCAGGUGGAAGAGCUGCAGCUGCAGGGCCAGGCUCAGUGGCAGGCUUGGCAGGCUCUGCACAGAGGACAGAAGGAGCUGGUGGCCAUGCUGAGGGAGCCUGAGUAAGGGGGAGAUGGCCGGCCCAGGAGCAGAAGGUGGUCAAGAGCCCUGUACAGCUGCAGUGUUGCCUAGUCCUGAGCAAUGACGGAGUUUGCUGGGGGAUGAGGUGUGAGCAGUCCCCACUGCCACUGUGCCUUGGGGAGCCCUCAAGUCACACACACUACCUUCUGAUUCCUCCCUGUUUCCUUCUAACUUGAGGAUUCUUGGCCAGAUCCCAGCUGGGAGUCAGACACCAUGCCGGCCAGCACCCCCCCACACACACACUCCUGCUACUUCCUUACCCCUCCCUAGGACCUGGCUUGGAAAUCUGUUUUCAGUCUCCACUGAUUGCCCCUUUGCUGGCCAGCUGAGGGCUGGUGCCAUGUUCCCUCCACAUCCGUAAAUAAACGUCCUCCACUGCACUGUAA